UCGGACCAAGAUGGCGGGGCAGGUGGUGCAGGCGGUGCAGGCGGUGCACCUCGAGUCGGACGCCUUCCUGGUGUGCCUCAACCACGCGCUGAGCACGGAGAAGGAGGAGGUGAUGGGGCUGUGCAUCGGGGAGUUGAAUGAUGACACAAGGUAAGACCAUGUUCGUUUCCUCCUCUCUCGGGAUCUCCGUAGCACUGUUAACUGACCCAGCACAAGGUGUGCAACAUUCUAUACGACUCGUACUCGAAGUUUCCAUUACGACUCCCGAGCUCCCUCAUUGAUACACUUUCAAUUCCACCCCAACCGUGAAACUUGGUUUCGACCCUACUUCCUACAAGGAGGAUUUUCGCUACAUAUAUGCAUGUCCUUAUGUGAAAAGACACGGGUAGCAGUACCGAGAUCAUGACUGAAUCGCUGAAAGCUCUUAUAAAUAGAAUUUACUGGAUUCACACAAUGAUGUUAUGUUCCGCUUCCUUGCUGGACGCAUUGUACGUUCUCUCUCCAGCGAAAUGACAAUGAAACACAGGAGUGACUCCAAAUUCACAUAUACCGGAACUGAAAUACGCACAGUUGCUGAAAAGGUUGACACCGUCAGAAUUGUUCACAUUCAUUCUGUCAUCAUCUUGCGACGUUCUGAUAAGAGGAAGGAUCGAGUGGAAAUUUCUCCAGAGCAGCUGUCUGCGGCCUCAACAGAGGCAGAGAGGUUGGCUGAACUAACAGGUCGCCCCAUGAGAGUUGUGGGCUGGUAUCAUUCCCAUCCUCAUAUAACUGUUUGGCCUUCACAUGUUGAUGUUCGCACACAAGCCAUGUACCAGAUGAUGGAUCAAGGCUUUGUAGGACUUAUUUUUUCCUGUUUCAUAGAAGAUAAAAACACAAAGACUGGCCGGGUACUCUACACUUGCUUUCAAUCCAUACAGGCCCAAAAGAGCUCAGAGUCCCCUCAUGGUCCACGAGACUUCUGGAGUUCCAGCCAGCACAUCUCCAUUGAGGGCCAGAAGGAAGAGGAAAGGUAUGAGAGGAUUGAAAUCCCAAUCCAUAUUGUACCUCACGUAACCAUUGGGAAAGUAUGCCUUGAAUCCGCAGUUGAGCUGCCCAAGAUCCUGUGCCAAGAGGAGCAGGAUGCAUAUAGGAGGAUCCACAGCCUCACACAUCUGGACUCUGUAACCAAGAUCCACAAUGGCUCCGUGUUUACCAAGAAUCUGUGCAGUCAAAUGUCAGCCGUCAGCGGGCCUCUCCUGCAGUGGUUGGAGGACAGACUGGAGCAAAACCAGCAGCACUUACAGGAAUUGCAACAAGAAAAGGAAGAGCUUAUGCAAGAACUCUCUUCUCUAGAAUAAAGUCAGAGACCAAUGUGGAAAAAUGAAAAUAUCCAGGUUUACAAUCAAUUAAGCUCAAUCAAUUUUGAAGAACCUGGAGGACUCCCAUUACCUGACCUCAAGACUCACUCUAAAGCUACAGUAAUCCAGACAGUGUGCUAUAUACCCACCUGCUUUUGACAAAGGUGUAAAAGCAAUUCAAUGGAGUAAGGAUAGACAGUCUUUUCAACAAAUUAUGCUGGAGCAAUUGACACCCAUAGGCAAAACAAUGAACUUUGACCUAAACUGCACACCCUAGACAGAAAGUAACUCAAAACAGAUCAUAGACUUAGAUUUAAGACGUAAAGCUAUAAAACUUUUAGGAAAAAAAAUCAUUGAAGAAACAUCAGGAUCUUGGGGCUAGGCAACAAGCUCUUGGCCUUCACUACAAAAGCACAGUCCUAAAAGGGAAAUGAUAUACUGGACUUCAUCAAAAUGAGAAACUUUUGCUGUGUAAACAAAUCAAGAGGAUGAAAUUUUUGACAGAACUUAUUUGCAAACCAUAUGUCUGAUCAAACUUGACUAUAUAAAGUCAACAGUAAAAAACCCAUCCAAUCGAAAAUGAGCAAAAGACGCGAAUAGACAUUUCACUAAAGAGGAUGUAUGGAUGGCAAGUAAGCACAUGAAGAGAUGUUGAACUUGAGUAGUCAUCAGGGAACGCAAAUGAAAACCACAAUGAAUUAUGAUUACAUGCUUAUCAGAAUGGCUAAAGAAAAAAUAGCAAAAAUACCAGAUGCUGUCGAGUGUACAAACUGGAUCUCUCGUACCUUACUUAUAGGAAUGUUAAAUGGUACAGCUACUCUACAAAAGAGUUUGGGAAUUUCUAAUAAAGUCAAACAUCCUUGUAUCAUACACCCCAGCGAUUACACUCCUGGAUAUUUAUCCCAAAAUAAUGAGAAGCUAUGAUGGCACAAAAAUUUGCACACGAAUAUUCUUAGCAGCUUUCUUUGUAAUAGUUAAAAACUGGAAAUAACCCAGAUGUCCUGCAAUCGAGUGAGUGAUCAAACCAAACAUCUGUACUGUGGAGUCCUACUCUGCAAUGAGGAGAAACGGACAACUUUGAUUCACACAACUUGGGUGGACCUCAAGGGUAUCAUGAUGAAUGAAAGGGCCAGUCUCAACAGGUCCCGUACUCCAUGGUUGCAUUCUUGAAAUGACAGGAUUAUAGAAAUAAAGAAUAAUGAUUGCCAGGGAUAGGGACUGGAGGGGGUAUGGGAUAUGUGCGACUAUAAAGGGAUAACAGGGAGUUCCUUUGUGCUGAUGGAACAGUUCUGAAUCUUGAUUAUGGUGUUGAUCACAUUACUUGGGCUAAAACUCCGUAGACCUACACACACCCACAGAUGAAUGCAUGUGAAAUCUGGUGAAAGUGAAUGGGGUCUGUAGUCGAGUUAGCCGUGUCGUGCCAUUGUCAGUAUGUCGGGUUUGAAGUACUGUAGCGAUGGAAGAGCUUACCACUGGGGGAAACUGGGCAAAGCGUACAUGGGACUCGCUGUACUAUUUUUGCAACUUCCUGUGAAUCCAUAAUUAUUACAAAAUAAAGAGUUAGAUGGAUUACAUAAGGAA